AUGUCUAACGGAGACGCGCAAAGCUCAGUAGCACCUAAUUCUCCCUCAAAAAAACGAACUUAUUAUUUUUCCGAUGAAGAGGAGUUUGUGUGUCCAUUGUGUAUGGAAGAGAUGGAUCUCUCGGACAGGAAUUUUAGGCCGUGUCCGUGUGGAUACCAGGAAAAUUUGAAUAGUCGAUGUCCAGCAUGUAGAAGGAUUUACUCAGUGCAAACUAUUGAAUUUACACCAAUAUCUGCAGAAGAGCUUGCUCGAAUAAAAAAUGAGAAAAAACAAAAAGAACGUGAAAAGAAGGAGGUCGAGGCGAUGAACAGAAAACACCUGUCGAAUAUGAGAGUGGUGCAAAAGAAUCUGGUCUAUGUGAUAGGUCUAAGUCCUAAAACAGCGACUGAAGAGGUAUUAAGGUCUCAUGAUUAUUUUGGCCAAUAUGGCAAAAUUGCCAAAAUUGUCGUCAAUCGUCGAAAUCCCCCCGCGUCUACAGUUCCAGGUGCUCCACCACCUCAGCCUAGUGUUGGUGUUUAUAUUACAUAUGUGCGGAAAGAAGACGCGGCAAAAGCUAUAGACGCUGUGGAUGGUAGUAUGUCGGAUGGAAAAGUAUUAAGGGCGUCGUAUGGCACCACAAAAUAUUGUACAUAUUAUCUGCGAAAUAUGGUAUGUCAAAAUCCAAACUGUAUGUAUCUGCAUGAACCAGGAGAGGAAGCCGAUAGUUAUACUAAAGAAGAUCUUGCCUCUGUUAAAUAUCAUCUCAAAGAACAAGAAUCUCAUAAAGUGCACGAACCACAUAAAGCACACGAAUCUCACAAAGUGAUACAUGAUAUUCACAAAGUUGUUGACUCUCAUAAAGCCCACCAAACUCAUCCCCCACAAUCCCGCCAAUCACAACCACCACAUUCUGUACAAAAGUCAAUUGCCACGACAUCACCUCUCGUGUUGCCACAUAGAAAAUCAGAACCAGCGACACAACCUCGGGUCGUUGGUCCAGAGAGUGAUAGAGGAAGUAAUGAUGAAAGAGAUGAAGCAUCGGCAUUACCACCAACAGCCUCAUGGGCAGCGGCUAAGACUCAAAGUCCUGAAAUUUCUCCUAUAUUACUUCAACAAUCUAUAACACAGCACCCACCGCCGUCAAUACAACAUUCUACUACGAAUAAUAACACCCAACAAGCUUCACAACAUCCUCCUAUUGCAUCUCAAUCCUCACAAUCACAUAAUUCGCUACAGCCACAAUCGGAGCAAGAACCAAAAUUAAAACGGACUGGAUCAUUGGAUGCUCAAUCUUUGGGAACGAAACAACAAGAAAAGAAAACAAACGAGCUAACAGUUGCACAAGUAGCUGCUAUACCAUCACAGCGAAAAGAAAUCAUAGAUCAUGCAAAAGAAAAAGUGCAACACGUAAUUUCAGAGCCUUCACGCGAGGGAGAACAUGCAGAGCAAUCUUCACAACAAAGCUCUAACAGUCAGCUCAAGGAUAAGCUUCCAAACAUGACGAACAGACACAAUCCAGAAAUAGAAGAUUUUGACCAAACAUUAUCUGUUUUAAGUGAUGGCUCUUUCGCUUUUUCUUUCAACCCACCUUCUCUUGAUGUAUCAUUGUCGAUAACAGAAAAACAUGCAGAGAAAGCCUCUGGUCCUUCAGAACUUGGGGUACUUGGAAGCUCACGAAUAGUUUCUCCGCCACCUGGGGUUGGUUUUCCAAACAGAAGCGAUGCUGCAAACAGUCAAAUCGUUGCAAAUAUCACAGACCCUGAAUUUCCUCAAUCUUCUUUAUCUUCAUAUACUGGAUCAUUUAACCCAUUUUCGAGCGAAGAGGAAAAAUUUGAUCCGUUUGGCGCAGAAUCUCCAUUAGGAAUAAUGGGUAUACCGUCUGUUGGAAAUAAUAGCAUAUCAGAAGCUUUCCAGACCGUUUCAAAGAUACAAACAUUGCCUAGUAAUAACUCUGCUUCUAAUAAAUCAAGACAAUCUUCUCGUUUUGGCUUUGCCUUAGAAGAUGGCGACAAUUCGUCUUCUAAUAACGGAGAUCCGUUAGCCAUGAAAGAUCUGCAGGAAGGUUUUCGUGCACUGUUUCCUAAUGUUAAUAUAAGCUUUGGUCCUAGUGACGUACAUCAAGAAUCAAUGUGGAACACAUCAAAUGAUCCUAGUUUCCCGUCGCUCCGUCGACCUGUAAUGACAGCACCACCUGGAGUUCCGCCACCAGGUGUCCCAAUCGGAAAUCCAUUAAAUCAAUCACACUCACUUAAUACUUCUACUUCCACGGCUCCUAUGGAGCAUCAUUUCCACCAAAACUUUUUGAUGCAACAUCAUCAACCUCCACAAAUAGGACUAGGACCUAAUCCACCGCCAACAAUCAAAGCUCCACCUCCAGGUAUUUAUCAACCAUCGCCUCGCAUGCCAUUUGGAUUGCCCCGGGGUCCUUCCAAAGAUGACCCACAUAAUUUCUUUACCGAAUUUUUAAAAGCAGCCGCUGCUAGUUCAAAUAUACAAGAGGAUAUUCAAGCACCAGUACAGAAUGUUGGGGGCCAUCGUUUAAGUGUAUUUGAGCGAGUAGCGAGAACGGGUGACGAACAGAUUAAUGGUGGGUUCGGUAUGGGAAUUGGAUUGGGUAAUGUGGAGCAAGGCAUAAAUAACGAAUCAUCAUCUUCUUCAGCAGAAGAUAGUGAACAACAGGAACCAAAAAACCAACUUUGUGGUGGAAAAGAUCGUGGUCUCAAUUUGGAUACCCAGUUUCAUCAUCCUUCUCCCAAUACCAAAGAUAAUGCAGAAAAACCAACAACCCAACAACAAAACCAUCAGUCCAAUUCUAAUAAUCGUUCCGCAAAACCUGCUGCUGUAAUCGUAAAUCGAGCACAACAAUCACGACAAGAUAGCAAUGUUGCCAAUCAAACCUCGGCCCAAAUCGUUGAUGCACCUCCUUCGUCUAUCGUGCAUCCCGUUCCUGGUAUCUAUAAAAAGAAAGAUAAACAUCCAAAAAACGCGAAUCUAAAUGCUGGUAAUAAUAAGCAGACAGCCGGAACUAAUAGAGAUUCGAAAAAACACGGUAAUAGCGAGGGCCAAGCUUUCAAUGCACAAGCUACUACAAAAUCAAAAGAUAUUUCCAAUCAAAAUAAUAAGGGUGCUGCUCCCAAUAACCCUGAAAAUAAUAGCACAAAGUCGUCGUCAUCUUCCAACAAUAAUAACCCGGUAAUUCAAUCACCUAUUCUUUCAAAGAAGCCAAAAAAGAAGGAUAAGAACAUCAUUGUUGCGGUACAACAAGAAAUUAAUCCAUUAACUGGCAGCAAUGAGGAAGAUAAGAAACAAGUUAUCGAAAAAGAUUAUGUAAUCAACGAACUGGUCUCCAAAAAGGUGAAUACGACUAAUGAUCAGCGAGAUGAUAUCGCUAUCAAUAACAAAGAUAGCAAUGGAACUGCCAUUACGUCUAUUGAUUCCAAGACCAAUUUUUUGGCAGAUUUCAAGUUUGACUUUGCUUCUUCAGCAUUUUUCACAAUGCCCCCCGGGAUUUCAACAGCCUCCUCAUCAAAGAAAGAUCAAAAUGCUGAUAAUCAAUCGCCACUGCUGGAUGAGAAUAUGUUUCCAACUUCGGCGACUUUUGAUCUUUUGUCGGCCGAGUUUUUCCCUAAAGACUCUCCAACCAUUUUUAGUUUUCCAACUUCAACUUCAUACAAUCCGUCUAGUACUUCUGCUGUUACCCAUUUUAAUAUUUCGUUUGGAUGCAAUCCUGGUACGUGGAAUAACGCUUCUACCACUACCAUGACUAGAUUUACCCCGAUGAAUAACGUGAUUGGUGCAAGCAAUAACAAUGAAACCAAGAUUUCUAAUGCUUCAGUCGAAGAUUUAGAAAGACAAGUGGCAAAUGCUAGACGUGAAGCAGAAAUUCUUGAACAUCGACUGCGAGCAGUGAUUAAAAAGAACACCCAUCAUCUUCAAGAUGCGUGGAAAUAA